GUCUUUGUCGUGAUCUAAAGAUCUGAACUUCUCUCUCAGAGUUGACUUUUAGUUUUGUUUAAAAGCUGUCAAAAGUGAUCCCCUCAUUUUCACUCUGCAUUUCUCCUUUUCCACCUUCUCUCCCCUGUUUUCUUUCCCCCACUCUAUUUCUGUCCCGCGCUGAGUCAGAUGGAUAAGUCCCAACUUCAAAUGACACAAAUAGGCAGACCACCUCCCAAUACGGAGAGACUGAACCUCAAAAGACCAAAAAACAAGUUUGAGAGCUCAAAAGAGCAAAUCUGGAAGAAACUACCGUGAUGGAGGAAUGUGAGAGUGUAGCGUUUGAGAUGACGGAACUACAGGAGAGUCGGUAUGAAGCCUCAGAUGUCAUCAGCCAAGAUGAUGAAGAUGAAGUGGAGGAGCUACAAAACAGAUGGCACCAACAGCCUCCUCUUCGCCCUCUAACGCUAGCUGUUCCUCUUUCCUUUAGUUUACGAGAGGUUGUCCAGGACCAGUCUGUGAAGCCUAAGCUCCAGUGCCUGAUGGUGGAUCCAUCAUUCUCCAUGGUAACGGUUCAGAGUGAGGACAGCGGCAUUGUUUGGGAGACAGCCUCCAGCCGCUGCUCUACUCCCUGGGCCUCUGAGGCCAGCUCCACCUCGGAAUCUUACAGUAUGGAGGGCUCUGGGGCUGCAGGAAAAAUCACCAUUGAGUUUGAUGAGGACAAAGUCAUCCGCAGGAGGACGAGGUCUGGAGGAAGAAGCAGCAGACUGGGGGACAGACUGAGCAGGCUUGGGAGUUCCAGGUCAGCUUCGGCUUUGGGAGUUGAGCGGCCGGAGAUGGCAGAAGUUUCUCUUCCCAACGUCAAAGAGGAGAACACAGGAACAGAGACAGACUUGGAAGAAAUAAAAAACAAAGAUCAGCAGCUGUUUAGUUUAAUUUCAGAAGGUUAUGAGAUUCUAAACAUCAGAGUUCCCUCCAAACUUCCCACUGUUGAUGAAGAGGAGAGUACAGAGCUGCAGGACAAUCUGUUUUAUCUGGACCAGACUCCAAAGAUUAAAGCUCGGAAUCACCAGAACUGGGCAGAGCAUAAGACUGAUGACCAGCAGGAGGAGGAUGAAGGACCAGAAACCACUGAGUCCUCAAAGGGAGAUUCUUCACAGCCAUCAUUGGGUAAAGGGCUUGGACACACACCAGCUCAGACAGACAGUGCCUGUGACAUCGACUACUUUGAGAAGUUCACUCUUCUGGACGUGGUUUCUGGAGAACAAGCAUCAGUACAGCAGGACAACGCAGCAAAGCCAGCGGCAACACCCCCAACAGACAAGCGAAAGGCUGCAGAGGAGGCCGCCACAGAGAGCCCCUCUGCAUCCGAAGAUUCAUUUGUGUUUGUUACAGACGUGGAGAUAGUUGGAGAACACCUGGAUGAGGUUUUCUAUGGAGAAGGACCUCCUGCACUGCAGCAGAGGGGAGAAGAUGAGGACAGUGGAGCCAGGAUGAGAACAGGACGUGAGAGCCAGAGGUCGACAAAGGAGAGCGGUUCUGUCCUUUUCAUGACUGAGGAGACCACCCUCACUCCUAUCUUCAUUUCUCCUGGACCUCCUAAGAUCAUUGACCCCAUUCUCCUGGAAGAGCCUUCUGCUUUAUCCUUCAUGUACUCAGACCUGUAUGAAGAUGCUGAAGGUGAGAGGAGGAGGAGUGAUGAAGAAUGCUCUGAGGCAGAGAGCGUGGUUUCUGAGAAGUCCUACAGAAGGCGUUUGUCAGACUCUGAGGAGGCAGAAGGGUACCUGGAGAAAUUCAUUUUAAAAGACGAAACACCGGUUGUGGAUGAACAGGUGGAGUUGGUGAAGGACACAAAUAAAGGGAGGAUGGUGUGGCCACAGAGCGAGUUUGAAAUGACUGGAAGCCUGACUAGGGUAGAAGAAAAAGAGGAGGAGGAGAAGACAAAGACAGAGGAAGGAAAGAUGCAGGAGGAGAGUGUUGGAGAAGAUCUGCACUCUGAAAAGAUUGUAGAGGAACCCCUUGUAGCGGCCCAAGCUGUAGAAGCUGCAGAAGAUUUGGAGGUUAAAUCUGAGAAGAAACAGAUAUUGGACCAACAGGAUCAUUUCCACAAGGAAAAAGCAGAGGCGACAGAAUCUCCUUCACCAAGCACAGAAACAAUACCUGUAUUGGAAGCUGAGCUAACACAGGAGGGGAAGGAGAUUCAGGAAGAUGAUAAGAAAGGUACUGACAAAAGCAGAAUAGGCACCGCAGAGCCACAUGAGACGCAAGAGGUGGUUAAAAAAAUGUCUACAUCCACAGCAUCUGGACAAAACGAACUGCCUGCACUCGACACUAUGACUAAAAUACAGGCAGAAAACACUGAAAACAGUUUGUAUUUUCAGAGUGUGUCUAGUGAAGAAACACUAGCAGCAGAGGCUGUAGAUCAUGUAAAGGAACCUGAAAAAGAAGCUUCCAGCAAGCCUGAACCGGAAACUGAAUGUCCAGAAGGAGAAGCAUCUCCUACACAGAUAAAAGUUAUCAUUGACUGUGACUGUGAAGUACAGACAGAGGUGAAAGUGUCUGAAAAGGAAGAUGAUGAAACAGCAAAGCAGGUUAGGAUUGAUGAUCAGGAGGUAACAAAAGUGGAAGAGCCAAAAUCUCAAACAGAAACAUCUGAAGAAGUGCUUCUUCCAGUGGAAACUGGAGAUGAAGGUCAGGAGUAUGCGCUUCAAACCCAGAUACCGGCUGAGAUGACAGAGCCUUUGAUCCCAGCAGAAACCGAAACAGAACCAGCCAUCAAACAUCAAACUGAUCAAAGCAUAACCCACAAAGAAUCUGAUAAAACAUCAGAAAUCAGUUCCAAAUUCACAUCACAAGACAGUGGAGAUGAUGUUCAGGACAUAGUGAGUGUUGGUGAUGAGUUCAUCCUUCUGGUCCCCAAAGGACAAACUGUAGAGAUGGACAUAGAGGUUGGUCAAUGGUCAGAGAAGACUCCAAAAGCAACAGUGGUUCCACUAGAGCCAGACAGAACCGGCAAACUUCAGCCUCCAGAGCCUCUGACUGAUGAAGCAGAGCCAGAACUUAAAGAAAAAGAAGAUCAACUUGAUCUUGAGCAGGAACAGCCACAGGCCGUGCUUAUUGAAGAGCCAGCCACAGACGACCAUGAGAUGGAAAUGGGUAUAGAAGAGGACAAAGUGGCUUUCACUCCUGGGGACAAUUUGUCAGGGCUGGAUGAGGAAGUUUUGAAGUCAAAGCAAACAGAGGAGGAACAAAAGGCUGAUGUGCAAAUGUUAGCAGAUGCAAUGGAGACUGAUAUUCCUACAGAGGAUGCUCUUCUAAUUGUUGAUCUGAAAAAUGAGGAUGUUGAACAGAAACAGCAGCAGGACCAGGUUGUUCUGGAGGCUGCAGGUGUAGCUGUAGCUGUUGAAGAGCUCGGAUAUGAAAUAAUAUCUGAGCAAGAAGCAAAGUCAGGAACAGAGGUUGGAAAGACUUUCCCGGAGCAAGAAGAGAAAAUGGACAUAGAGAAGGAUGAGCAAACUGAACUUUUUAGUGAAGAACUCAAUGAGGAAGAUUAUGAGAUCAUUGACGGUGAGGAGGAAAGUCAGGCCCGACUGGCUGCUGAGCUGCAGGGUAUGGACUGGUUCUGUGCUACCUGUGAAUGUCUGCUGUCAGAGGACGACAGCACGUCUGCGGAGCACCUCAGCCAUGACCUCAACUCUGUGGAUAACGCCUAUGAGAAGAUCAAGGAGACACUGGGCAACUGGAUCUCAGAGCUCCAGGAGAGAUCAGAGAUCAUUGAAGACCUGGUGUCAGAGCUGGAGCUGGCCUACAACUCUGUAGAGGACCAGUUUGUGGAGAAUGAGGAGGCCAUGCAGGCGCAGAAUGAGGAGAUGAAGGCUCUGGUAAUGGAGCAGUACAAUGGCAUGUCAGUCAGUAUUGAGGAGGAGAAGAAGACCAAGCUGGAGCAGCUAUACGACAAGAUUGUUUCCUUCCAGGAGAAAAUUGACUCUGCCAAGAGCACUCUGGAGAUCACAGCCAGGGAGGCAGAGACUGAUGCUCGGCCGCCUGAAGACAUUCAUGCAAGACUAAAAGCAGCUCUGGAUGCAACCUUGUCAUUGGAGUUGGGUCCCAAGGGCCUGCUGGUGUUUGAGGACUACGCCAAGGCCAACACUUCCAGCUCCAACAGCCUUGCCCAACGCAAAGGAAUCCCAGUUCCCAAAAGACCCACCCUGCAGCCCCAGGAACCAGGUUCAGCCACCAGCACUAGUGUCACUGUCUACUGGACAAUCAACACUGGAGAUGUCAUUGACUGCUUCCAGGUCUACUGCAUGGAGCAUCCACAGGGAGUGGUGUCAGAGGAGUACCGUGUGACGGUGAAGGAGAGCUACUGUGUCCUUGAGGAGCUGGAGCCUGACAAGAUGUACAAAGUGUGGGUGAUGGCUGUCAACUACACCGGCUGCUCUCUGCCUAGCGACAGGCUGAUCUUCAGAACUGCUCCCUCAGUGCCAGUGAUGGAUACUGAGCGCUGCACAGUCCUGUGGGAUUCAGCCACGCUGAGAUGGAGCCCAGCAAAGCAGACUCCUGGACAGACUUACACUCUGGAGUACUGCCGCCAGUAUGAACUGGAGGGAGAGGGUCUCAGGUCCAUCUCAGGAGUGAGCGUCUGUGAACAGAGAGUCGUCCUGCAGCCCAACGAGAAUUACCUGUUCUACAUCAAAGCUGUGAACGAGGCUGGUGCCAGCGAGCAAAGCGAGGCUGCACUCAUUUCUACCAAAGGGACGAGGUUCCACCUGCUAAAAGACUCCGCUCACGCCGCUCUGGAGCUGUCAGAGGACCAGACCACCUUGAACUAUUUUCCAGAUGCUCGCAAAGCUGUUGCAUUCUCUGACACAGAGUGUCCGUCCAUCCUGGGUGAGAUGUUUCCAGCAAGAGGCCUCUAUUACUGGGAGACAGUUGUGUCAGGAAGUGCAGCUUACAGGCUCGGGGUGGCCUACAGCACAGCCAGUUCAAAUGGUUCCCUUGGUGAAAACAGCUCAUCAUGGUGUUUGCAGUGUGUUCCUUCGUCAUCAGGCUGCAGGUUUAUGUUGCUCCACAAUAGCAUUCAGUCAUCUGUGUUUGUGACGGAUAUUCUUCAGCGAGUGGGAACCCUCCUGGACUACCAGCACGGCUGUCUGUCCUUCUACAACGCUGAAAGCGGCCGGUUGUUGGGUACCUUGAAGCAGCGCUUCACUGAGCCCUGCUGCCCGGCUCUGGCGCUGGAGCAGCCAGGCAGCAUGCAGCUCUGCAUGGUGCAGGAGCUGCCCCAGUUUGCCAAGGACAGCUAGCCCUGCCACACUCUUAACUCUAAAAGAAAACGUUUACAGAGGGUGUUUAACUGUUGCUGCUUUGAUUGCUUUCUUUUUCUUAAAUGAAGUGACCACUGUUGCAGAAGAAAUGCAGAAAACACAACGGGACAUUUUUGUUAAUAUCUCAUUUAUAGGAUUGCAUGUUUUAUAGGAUAGCAGUUCAACUUCAAAGAAUAAAAAGAAAAAACUAAUAUUUUGAUUCAGAAUGGAAAAAAUAUUUUGUUGAAAGAGUUUUGUAAUAUUGACCACUGGUGUGAGUUUUCCUAUCUUUUGUAAAAGAUUUAUCGUUGACCGUUUCCCCGGCAUCUGUUUUUUUGACAGACUGCUUUAGUAAAAACUUUAAAGACUAA